AUGGACCUUCCAGAGGAGGCAAUUAGCGAUCAAGUGUUAUUGGAACGUACAGCCAAUUCAUUCUACCAUUAUAAAGACUUCUGUCUACAAGAGAUUUGGAAACCAAGAAUACUGAAAUGGAAAUCCUUGUCAACUUAUCAGAAGCAGCUGAUUCCCUGGUAUGAGGAUUAUCUCAAUAACAUACGUGACUGCAUUGAGAGUAACUCUAUCUUUUAUAUGAAUCUAUUAGAAAAGUGCGUUGGCAUAUGGGGCCUCGGAAGCGACCCUAAUAAAUGGGCAACUCCGAAUAAUGUAGACAUGGGUAAAACAGUUUCCAUUCUCAACCAAAUAGCCAGAGAAUGGUCUGCAGAUUGCUCUGAAGAAAGAGAUCGUUUCUUAGCACUUCUUAAAGACUUUCUAGAUAGCAAGUUCCCACACGACAGAAGAGAUGUAAAAGUUUUAGUGCCUGGAGCAGGUCUCGCAAGAUUGGCUGUUGAUAUAGCAAGAAUGGGAUUUUCUACAGAGGCCAAUGAAGUUUCUUAUCAUAUGAUAAUGGUUGGUCAGUUUAUUAUGGACUCUGGAUUACAAAAAGAUCAAGUAGGUAUUUAUCCUUUUGUUCAUUCAUUCUCACAUCACUUGAAUAGACGAGAACAAUUACGACGAGUCAAUAUUCCAGAUAUUAACAUUUCUGAGGAAUUAGGGGGCAAGGGUCUCUUAUCAAUGGUAACAGGUUCUUUCCCAGAUCUCUACGGGCCAAACACUAAUAUCAAACAAUCAGACUCUUACUCAAAUUCUGCCUAUAUUAGGGAAAUUAGGGCACGUAACCGAAGUACAAAAGAUCUUGUAGUUACCAAUUUCUUCAUUGAUACGGCAUCAAAUGUUCUGGAUUAUCUGGAAACGAUAUCUCAUGUCUUGAAAGAUGGCGGCUAUUGGAUCAAUUUUGGGCCAUUUAUGUACCAUUUUGAACAAGAUCCCCAGACAGAAAUUACAGCAGAUUUCAAUCCGUACACAGGUGAAGUUUCGAAUAUGUUCGUUACACCUUUAAAAGGUCUGGAACUCUCCCAUGAAGACAUUCUCUCUGUUGCAAGCACCAAAUUUCCAUUCAAGAUAAUUCACGAACAGUCUCAUAUUUCAUCCGGAUAUGGUACAAAUAAAAUGGAUAUAUCUAUGCAAGGUUAUCAGUGUUCAUUCUGGAUUCUUCAAAAAUCCUGUGAUAAAGUUAAUAACAAUAUUUAG